GAUCGUCUUGAAUCAUCUAAACGGUGGAAUCGGUCUGGCGGAAUCGAUUCGGCUGUCAGUGACGUCGCCGUGUCACUCAAGCAGCCAGCGAUGGCAGCCACCGGCGCGGCGUUGCUACGCGCGAUGCGUCAGGUCAUGAGCGCGAUGUGCGAGAGUCCUGGAUUUGACAAAGUGCUCAGAAAGGUGGAGGUGGUGUCGGCAGAGCCAGGCCACGUGGUUUGCGAGAUGCCCGUGUGCGAGGAGCACACGAACCGCGGCGGCACACUGCACGGCGGUCUCACCGCCACUCUCGUUGACGUGGUUUCCACCACCGCACUGCUCUCCACCGAACGCGCUGCGCCCGGUGUUAGCGUCGACAUGAAUAUCACGUACAUGAGCGCGGCACGCGUGGGCGAGGAGUUGGUGAUCGCCGCUCACGUCUUACGCCAGGGCCGAACCCUCGCCUUCGCCACCGUCGACAUCACCAACAAAGCAACCGGCCGCCUUGUGGCUCAGGGCCGGCACACCAAGCACCUGGGCAGCAGCUAGCCCUGAUCUCUACCUUAACCCUAACCAUAACAUUGGUCCUGCCCUGGAAUUAACCCUACCCUGGCCAUAGCCCUGAAACUACUUUGCCCUGACUUUUCCUUUAACAACAUCUGAACAAUUUCGAUUUAAAGCUUUCGUGACUGCAAUGAUUCAUCUUCUUUGGUUCUUUCGGUAAAGUCACGUAGAAUGAGAAUAAAAUAAUAAAUUGAUAA